AUGCGAUCUCUUUACAUUCUUCCCCUUCUAGCCUUUGGGCUAGUAUGCUCUGCUAAGCCAGUUGAAAAGCGACAGUCGACCAAUACCGAUUCUUUCAAGCUGUAUGCGUAUGGCCCAGGCAUUAGCGGACUGCCCGUUGUCUACUUGAACGUCACCGCCUCCAUUGAUGGGUCCAACACCUGGAUAGCAUAUCCCAGUUCGACCGAGGGAGUUUCCACCCUCUCGACCAAUACCAAUGUGCUGUGUCUGAAUCAAGGCAAUACAGCCUCCAAUCCAGUAGGAUUUGCCGGAACAUCCGCAAGGGAACAGUCGAACAACCUCAGCAAUGUAUGGUCCCUGUAUGGGAAUUACGUCCUAGUCACUGUGAGCGGGGCCAACUUUUACGCAAGACAAACUGGUACGGACGGCUUGUACUCUCUACUUUGGAGUAGCUCAGCUGAGGCAAUGACGGAUACUAUACCGCUAGUGCUGCGGACUGCUGAGCCUGCGACGGUAUCUGUACUGACCACGAGCUGA